UUGAUUUCAGGUGUCCACUUCGGUACGGGUUUAGACGGUGUUUCCGAAGUGGCGAAUACGGCCAAAGGUAUUUCUGAGGGUGUCUAUAAAUCCAUCGGACCCUACGCUUUGACUCGCAGUUUGGCAAACAUGCCCGCUGGCGUUAUUAGUCGCCUUUGGGGAUUGCGUGGACCGUGUAUGGCGGGAAAUACGGCAUGUGCCACUGGACUACACGCGAUCGGGGAUGCAUAUCGAAUGAGUAGGUGUGGAGUUUAA